CCCCGGAGGGGGGGGGGCGCAGCGGCUGCCUGGCGGGCCGGAUCCAAAGGUGAAGGCGCUGCAGCCUUUGCAUGCGGAGACUGGCUUUGAGGAGGGAGCCUCUGGCCGAAGGGGCCACGGCCCACAAACGCACACGGGGGACACGAAAAGGGCGCCUUCCGUGAGGGGGACUCGCUGGACAUUAUGGCCGUUGUCGUCGGAGGAAUAACAGGCGUGGAUGGGCCCUUCGCGGGAGGAGAGGAAGAGGUGCUGUUUUUGGUGCUGCCUGGAAGACAGCCUCGGCGGAGGGGAGGCCACCCUUUCCUGCAGCCGCCCAGAAAUCUCGUGAGGGAAAUCAAGAGAGGCUUCGCGGCCAAACAAAGGCCCCGAUUUUUCCUCAGACCUUCUCGAGGCCUUUUUCCCGCUUAAAACUACGUCCAGACGUCUUGAGACUCCAUUUCCCAGCGUGCACCGCAGCUCGCCCUCUGUUUUCCCCUCCACCUCUGUUCGCACUACAACUCCCUGCAUGCAGCGGGAGGAAGGCGCCUCUGGACGAGCCGAGAGGGAAGCUGGGGCUCGUAGUCCGCACGCAGCUCCCGCUGCGAGGCGGCGGGCGCGGCUCCCCUCCUGUUGCGCUUGCGCGGCGUCUCGGGGCUGGCGAAGGCGAGCGCGGCAGUGGCGGCUGGGUGGCGCCUGCGCAGUCGCGACUCCGGAGGAUCUCUCGCGAGGAAGGACGCCAUUAUCGCAGCCGCCCGGCCAAACACCACGAGAAUUCGGCGAGACAAACGAAUCAGAACUGCAUGAACUAAGGGAUCUCCUUCGAUUCAGCUCUGCUGCCUGUUUCUGAAUGAUGACAGAGCAGGAUUUAGCAGAUGUGGUUCAGAUUGCUGUUGAGGACUUGAACCCAGAUCAUCCAGCUGUUUUGGAAAACCAUGAAGUGAACGAUGAAGACAUAGAUCCACCUUUAAAACGGCAACGGAUAGAAAUUAAUUGCCAGGAUCCCUCGAUUAAGUCAUUCCUGUAUUCCAUCAACCAGACAAUCUGUCUGCGGUUGGAUAGCAUUGAAGCCAAGCUUCUUGCUCUUGAUGCCACUUGCAAAUCGCUGGAAGAGAAGUUGGACCUGGUAAUGAACAAGCAGCACAGCCCCAUCCAGGUCCCGAUGGUGGCCGGCUCACCCCUCGGUGCAACCCAGACCUGCAACAAAGUGAGAUGUGUCGUCCCUCAGACCACAGUAAUACUCAACAAUGACCGUCAGAACUCCAUUGUAGCCAAGAUGGUAGGACAGGAAGAGCCAUUGAACAGAGCAGCAGAUUCACUGGAAAAUAUCCUGAGCAACGCUGUCCCCGGGAGAAGGCAGAACACCAUUGUGGUGAAAGUCCCGGGGCAUGAAGACAGUCACAACGAAGACGGGGAGAGCGGCUCCGAAGCCAGUGACUCCGUUUCCAACAGCGGCCAGUUGGGGAACCAGAAUAUCGGGAGCAACGUGACCCUCAUCACCCUGAAUUCUGAAGAGGAUUAUCCCAGUGGGACUUGGCUUGGAGAUGAAAACAACCCCGAGAUGCGUGUGCGAUGCCCUAUCACGCCGGCCGACAUGCUUCACAUCAGCACCAACUGCCGGACAGCCGAGAAGAUGGCGCUGACGCUGCUCGAUUACCUCUUCCACCGGGAAGUCCAGGCCAUCUCCAACCUCUCAGGGCAGGGGAAGCAUGGAAAGAAACAGCUAGAUCCUCUCAUGAUUUACGGCAUCCGUUGCCACCUUUUUUAUAAGUUUGGGAUCACCGAGUCUGAUUGGUACCGGAUCAAGCAGAGCAUAGACUCCAAGUGCCGGACGGCCUGGCGACGGAAGCAGCGGGGCCAGAGCCUGGCGGUGAAAAGCUUCUCCAGAAGGACGCCUUCCUCCUCCUCCUCUUACAGCGGCUCAGAGAGUACGCAGAGCACGACGUCGGCCCCCAGCGACCUGCAGGCUGGCCAGCCGCAAGCCCUCCACUACGCUUUGGCCAACGCCCAGCAGGUCCAGAUCCACCAGAUCGGAGAAGACGGGCAGGUCCAAGUGGGUCACCUCCAUAUCGCGCAGGUCCCACAAGGGGAGCAGGUCCAGAUCACGCAAGACAGCGAGGGCAACUUGCAGAUCCACCAGGUCCACGUGGGACAAGACGGGCAGGUUCUCCAGGGGGCUCAGCUGAUUGCCGUGGCCUCUUCCGAUCCAGCAGCUGGGGGUGUUGACGGAUCCCCGCUCCAAGGGAGCGAUAUUCAGGUCCAGUAUGUCCAGCUGGCGCCGGUGACGGACCAUGCGGCUGCGAAUCAGAACGCAGACUCACUGCAGACGGCCAUCCAGCCAGAAAUGCAAAUAGACCAUGGAGCCAUUCAGAUCCAGUGAACCGUGCCAGCGGAGCAGCAGCCGCAGCAGCCGCAGCAGCAGCUUGGCAUCCAAGUGCCGCCUUGGGCAGCAGCUCGAGAUUCACACCGGGGAGCGAGGCCGUUGCUUCACAGCCUGGAGGAGGUUCUCCUGGACAUACCAGUGUGACCCAGUUCCACUGGCCUGAUGGUUUGGACCCCCUGCAAACAGACCCUCAGCUGCAGGCGGUUCUCACCCUCCGGCGCACAGCUAGAGGGAGAGCCUGCCUGUUCUAUGCCGUGUAGAAGGAUCCCCAAAAGAGAUGCUUUGGCCACACCUGGGGCGGGUGGGAAUCUAACCUCCCAAGAGGGGGGAGGGCUAGUCAACUUAUCUAAGUACGUUUCAUCUCUUCCGUGGCUCAUCUUUCAAUGUCUAUAGACAUCCUGUCAGACAUCAGCCCAUCUUACUGUGCAAACUUUGCCAUGCAGGAAAAAAAAAAUCAAGAGUGCAAAUAUAUUUUGCUGUUGGAAGAAGAAAAAUUUUAGUUUGCUAUGUUUAUAAUAAAGAGAGAGAGAGAGAGAGAAAGAAAGAUAUAUUUAAGGAAAGUGGGGGGGGGAGAUUGGGGGGAAGUCCCAUUAUCAGAAACAUUAGCUUUUUGUUGCUGUUUUUUGUGACAUAAUUAUCAA